CUUUUGGUCACUUUGACGCUUGUCCGCACAGAUUUGAGGCAGGUUGAUUAUUGGGAAGCACGGGCUGCGAUAGACAAUGAUGAGGCGGUGAAGUGCAGCUAAUGCAAGUGUAAUUCGCGCGUAUCCUGUCAGAAAUAUACAUAUUUUACGACUUCUUGUGCAAAAAAUGACGACGACCACGAACUAUCAAGGGAUGGAGCCCGGUUCUAAAAGCAGUUCCAGGGUUCUGCGCCCUCCUGGCGGCGCCUCCAACUUCUCGCUUGGUGCAGAUGAGGAGAAGCCUCCCGUCCGGAAAGACAAGAUGGCCUCCAGUGUUUUCGCUGAGCCGGAGGACCCCUAUGCUAAUAGAAGGAACAAUCCACCAGGUGGGAAGCCCACAGGUGUGCUUUGCGGUGAGCCGUCAGCCCCCCGGAGGAGAGGAGGGAACCAGACCACCGACCUCUCCGCAGAGGCCCCCGCCGCGGACGGAGAAAAUUCUGUACCCGAUUCUGAAAACAGUGCUCCUGAGCCGGAAGCCGUCCCAGAGCAGAAGGAGGAGGAGGCCCCCUCAGCCGACCAUCCCGCUGCAGGAGUACCGUCCGGCCGCAGGAAUCCCCCCGGGGGCAAGUCCAGCCUGAUCCUGGGAUGAAUCCAAGCCAACCACCCCUCCCUCCCUUCGUCCACUCAUCUCUGAACUCGUCUUUUUUUCAUUUUAUUUGUUUAACAAGGAACCCCCCCGGCCCAUUUGUCUGAACCGAGAGAAUCCUACCUGGUGUGCAACAGACACCAGUCUCCUCCACAUCCCUUAAGUGCAUUGUUUUGAUACCUCUUUUCUGAAAGCCGUUUUGUACCGUUUGUUUGUUUGUUUGUUUGUUUUUGAUGGAAGCACUUUAUGUAUUUCUAUGUGUACGGUUCAAAAUCUGCCUUUCCCCCCUGCAACACAGGGUACAAGGAUCACAUUUCUCAUAUCAAAUAGCGAUAAAUUAAUCUCCCCUAACUUUAUUGCGACAGCAUAAACGGUGUGUGAUUGUACGAGCAGUUUCCAGAACACAAGCGGAAAAAGGAGAAAAGAAAGCUGUCACUUUUGCACCGUGUUCAGUUUUGACCCAUCUUGCAUGCACGUCUGGUCUGUAAACGUAUGAAUGUGAGAAGAAACAUAACUGUGAAGAUUUUUAUUAUUAUUUAUUAUUUAACCUGUUAGUUGUUUUUUGUUUUUUUUAUUGUGGAAUAAUUGUCGUACUGUUGCAUGAAGCUGGAAUCUUUCUACUGAUUAUCUUAAUAUCCACUUAUGAGUCCCAUAAAUGACUGUCAUUGUGAUCUUAAGGGUGCAAACGUGUAUUCAGAGGACUUCUGUAGGUCCCGUGUCAGGUGACGGAAUUGGAAAAAGCCUUUUUUUAUAUUGCAGUCACUAACUUUAGAUUAUUGUAACCCCAGUGCCGGUUUUGAGUGUUUUUCACAGGCCAAAUUUACAGUGUGCCUGUUAAUGUGUUAGGCUACAACAUCAAAUAAGGUUGGGUUUUCUCAAUUGCAUCCUGCCAGCAUGAAGGAGUGCUUAGUUUCUCUAUUGCGAGUCAAUGGAAUGUUGUUGGUCCUGAAGUGUUGGUGAACCCAUCCUAGAUUUGACAAGUGACCUUAUGACAACUCAGCCUUUUUUGCUAUGUUUUUACCCCCCCCCCCCCCCCCUCCUCCUUCUACACGUGUUUAUCAUCCUGCUCACUAGAAAGAUACAACAGCCUUUUUGUACAUGUCAUCGUCGCAUUAUUUAAAAACCAAAAGUCAAAUUCCCUCCUGCUUCUGUCUUGUUGAGUCGCGUGCGGCGACUGCAGCCGUCACGCAGGAAGAACAACAUUUCUGAAAUGUAGUUCCUGUGGCGUCUUGUUUCUGAACGUGUUAGGAUGCAAAGACGCGUCUGUUUUGCAUCCUAUGCCAAUUCCCCUCGCUGGAUGUUGAGUCGCUGCAGAAAAUUGAAAUCAUGAAAAAUGGCACAAAGUGGAAAUGAAUAUUAAAAAUCAAUUUUGACCAUG